AUGGGUAGAUUUGAGAAGAAAGACGAUGAUGAAUAUGAGUAUCCAUUUGAACAUUUAGAUAAAGGACAGGUUGUACAGGAGAAGAGAGUAUUCAAUGACACACAGAUUCAUCCAAGAAAAUGUUCAUUCGUUAUCUCAGAGUUCCUCUAUCUCUUGGCCAGAGGUGAUACCUUCACCAAGACAGAAGCAACCGAUGUAUUCUUUGCUGCAACAAAGUUAUUCCAAUCUAAAGAUAUUCCAUUGAGAAGAAUGACCUAUUUAUUGUUAAAGGAAUUCUCAACUAUAUCACAAGAUGCUAUCAUUGUAACAUCUUCAUUGAUCAAAGAUAUGUCACACAAAAUCGAAUUAUACAGAGCCAACUCUAUUAGAAUCUUAUGUAAAAUUAUUGAUGCAUCAUCAUUACCACAAUUAGAAAGACAUUUCAAACAAUCGAUUGUAGAGAAAGAUCCACAUGUAUCGUCAGCAGCGUUGGUAUCGAGUAUUCAUUUGUUACGUGUUGCACCGGACACUGUCAAGAGAUGGGCAAACGAAGUACAGGAAGCCAUCUCCAACAAAUCGAAUAUGGUGCAAUACCACGCACUUGCAUUGCUCCAUCGUAUCAAACAACACGAUCGUCUUGCCGUCACCAAGCUGGUCAGUUCACUCAUUCGCGGUUCUCUAAGAUCACCAUACGCUCAAUGCUAUCUAAUUCGUUGUGCCGUCGAAGUCAUUGAAGAAACAAAUACAGAGGAUAGAACAUUCUAUGAUUAUAUUGAAUCGUGUUUGAGAAAUAGAAAUGAAAUGGUUGCUUAUGAAGCUGCUAGAUCUAUUUGUUCGCUAAAGAAUGCAUCGUUGAAAGAGUUGACAUCGGCAGUCGGUAUUCUCCAAUUGUUUUUGAGUUCCUCAAAGCCGACUCUUCGUUUCGCUGCCGUGCGUACACUCAAUAAGUUGGCACAGACCAACCCACUCGCCGUCGUACCAUGUAAUCUAGAUAUGGAGAAUCUAAUUUCCGAUAGCAACAGAAGUAUUGCUACUCUUGCAAUUACUACACUCUUAAAGAUCGGAAAUGAAUCAAAUGUAGAAAGAUUAAUUAAACAAAUCUCCAACUUUUUGGGUGAUAUCAAUGAUGAGUUUAAGAUUGUAGUUGUAGAAUCUAUCACUAUGUUGAGUGUCAAGUUCCCAAAGAAAUUCAAACAUCUUAUCAUUUUCUUGAACAAGAUUCUUCGUGACGAAGGUUCACUCCAACUCAAACAGACCACUCUCGAUGCAAUCUUGAAUGUUGUAAAUCAUAUUCCAGAAUCAAAGGAAAUUGCUUUAAAUGAAUUGUGUGAUUUCAUUGAGGAUUGUGAAUAUCCAGAUUUGUCUGUACAGAUUCUUCACUUAUUGGGACAGGAAGGACCGUUGACUUCGUCACCAUCCAAGUAUAUCCGUUACAUUUACAAUAGAAUAUCGUUGGACAGCGGAACUAUUCGUGCUGCCGCCGUCACCUCUAUUGCCAAGUUUGGAUUGCUCUACGAGCCAAUGAGACAAAAGGUUGUGAUUCUCAUUCAACGUUGUCUGUUGGACGAAGACGAUGAAGUUCGUGAUAGAGCAACUCUCUAUUUGCGUUUGUUCAAGGAGGACAAUAUCAAGUUGUUGGGUCGUAUUCUGUUGGACGACGUCCACGUGCCAAUGCUCAACUUGCAGCGUUCACUUGAGACCUACUUGGAGUCGCCAGCCGCCGAGCCAUUCGACAUCAGCAAGGUGUCGACCGUCAUCGAGGCACACUCGCCAGUGCUCGGAGACAAGGGAUCGUCGAAACCAUCGAGCACCGCCAACACUCCAAAGGCAAUGUCGCUCGCCGGUUCCGACAAGCCAGCAGCCGCCACUGGCCAAUCCGCACAAGAAGCUUACGCCGCGCAACUCGCAGCCAUUUCAAACUUUGCUACCUAUGGUAAGCUCUUGAAAUCCAGUGAGUUGGUCGAGCUCACCGAGACAGAGACAGAGUACGUCGUCAGCUGUGUCAAGCACGUCUUCCAAGAGCACUUGGUCUUCCAAUUCAAUGUCACCAACACACUCAACGACCAACUCCUCGAAAACGUCUAUGUCAAGAUGGUUCCAUCCAAUUCCAAGUUGGUGAAAUACGAAUUCCACUUGCUCAUUGAAUCGCUCCCCUACGGAGAACCACACUCUUGCUACGUCAGUGUCCGUAUUCCACCAGGUGCCUAUCCAACUCUCAGUUUCACCAAUAUGUUGAAGUUCAAGGUGCGUGAAGUCGAUCCAUCGACAGGCGAGCCAGACGAAGGUGGUUUCGACGAGCAAUACAACAUCGAGGACUUGGAGGUCGUGCCAAAGGACUACAUGCUGCGUGCGGUCUGUCCAAACUUCCAGGAGGAAUGGAAGCGUCUCCCCGAAGACAUCCAAUCGAUCCAAACCUUUGGAUUGGUAUCGAUCAAAAAUAUCGACGACGCCAUCAAAGAGAUCAUCAAGACACUCUCGAUGGCGCCCUGCGAGAAAUCGGAAGUCGCUCAACCCAAAGCAAACAAACACAUAUUAUAUCUCUCUGGUCGUUUCGUCAAUGGUACAGCCGUUCUAACCAGAGCCAGAAUGAAGAUCGAUGGCAGUGGACAAAGUGUAGAUGUAGAAUUAACCGUUAAAUCAGAAGAUGAAAUUAUAAAUGAAUUUGUAUCAUCUGCUUUUGCUUAG